UGUUAAGUUGCGGAUUGCAAUUACUGUAUUUUGCUCACUUAAUUUUAUGAAAGUUUUAUUCUGUUCCGGGAUUAAGUAUUAUUGUUAUAUUAAAUAAUUAAUUAGAUUCAAGUGAAUCACAAGUUUAAGUCCUUUUUGUAAGUUUAAAGUUGGUCACACAUUAAUUCUGUCACUUGAAGUGAAAAAUUAUAUAUGGUGUGUCAUUCGUAUCAAUUCCAUCAUCUUGAUAACUUGUCAGAGAAUAUUUUGUUCGAUUUUCAGUGCGAGUGAGAAGCAGCAGAGAAAAUGCCAUUAGGAGACACUUCCACGGGUCCCAUCGACAUUCUUAAGGAUGACUUAAAUGAUGAGGAUCUGAACCAUCGCAUAAAUGCCAUCAAGAGGCUGCCGAUGAUUGCCUUGUGUUUGGGCAAGGAACGCACUCUAGGCGAGUUGAUACCCUUCCUCAACGAGACCAUCUACGACGAGACUGAGGUGUUGCUGGUUCUGGCCGAUCAACUGGGCAAGUUUACCAGUCUCGUUGGCGGUCCCGAAAAUGCCAUGUACCUGAUUCCAAUACUCGAGAGUCUGGCCACCGUCACGGAUUGUGUGGUCCGGAGCAAGGCCAUUGAAUCUCUGUGCACCGUGAUCGCCCAGCACAGUGCCCAGGACCUGCUGAAAUAUGUGAUUCCGAUGAUGCGACGCCUCACCAACGGCAGCUGGUUCACCUUUCGCAUUUCAGCCUGCGGCCUUUUUGCGACCUGCUAUCCACGUGUCAGCGAGCAGGUGAAGGCACAGCUCCGGAGCAGCUUCUAUAUCCUGUGCAAGGACACGGAGGUCAUUGUGCGCAAGGAGGCGGCCAUUAGUAUGGUAGAGUUCACCAAGGUAAUGGAGGGAAUGAGCAGGUGGGAAUUCCUUCCCAGCUGUGCCGUACUGACUAUGGAUAAGGAUGACACUGUUGCUAUGCUGGCCGUGGAGUCUUAUAUCAUGGUUGCCCAAUUCCUGACCCAGAUUGAAGUGGAUUUCCUGAUCUGGCCCACAAUAAGGCGAUGCGCCAAGGAGUCAUCGUGGGCCGCGCGCUAUAUGGUGGCCGAAAAGAUUGUGGACUUGCAGAAGGCAGUCUAUCCCAAGACGACGCUACUCAAGCUGGUGAAAGUCUUCCAGAAGUUGCUCAAGGACACUGAGGUCAAGGUACGCACUGCGGCGGCCUCCAAGGUUAGCGAUUUCUGCGGCAACCUGUACAAGGCCAAACAUGAGAAGGUCAUUCUAAGCUCUAUUUUGCCCUGUGCUCGUGAUCUGGUCUCGGAUCCGAAUGUGGAUGUUAGGUCAGCUCUGGCCUCUGUCAUCAUGAACGUGAGUUCCAUCCUGGGUGCCUCUUACACCGUGGAGCGCUUGCUGCCCAUGUUCUACACUCUGGUUAAGGACGAGAAUCCGAAAGUGCGCCUGAAUUUAAUCUCAAAUUUGAAGAGCGUCAAUGAAAUCAUUGGCAUCCAGCAGCUGUCGAACUCGCUGCUUCCGGCCAUCGUUGAGUUAUACGAGGAUCCUAGCAUUGAGAUCCACCUGGGCAUCAUUGGCGUAAUGCCCACUCUGGCCGGUCAGUUCGGUCAGGUGUUCUUUGACAAGAACCUAACCUGUCUCUUUAUGGGCUCCCUCAGAGAUCCUGUCUAUGGGAUUCGCGAGACUGCUGUUAUCAAUCUAAAGAAGCUAGUCGCGGCUUUUGGAGUUCUCUGGGCCGAGGAAGUCGUCAUUCCUGGAAUAUUGACCAUGCCCUGCGACCCGGAAUAUUCGUACAGAAUGACUUACUUGUUCUGCGUGAACUUCUUGGCCGAGAUUUGCGGCAUCGAUAUCAACACCAAGAUUCUGCUACCCAGAGUUCUUCAACUCGCCGGCGAUCCUGUUGCCAUUAUUCGCUUCAAUGUGGCCAAAACCCUGGAGAAGAUUUUCCCCUUCCUGGAGGAGAGUGUCAUCGAUGCCCAAUUGAAGCCCACUCUAGACAAGUUGAUCACGGAUAGGGAUGUGGAUGUCAAGUUUUUCGCUGCUCAAGCCAUCGCAGCAAUAAUACCAAGGAAUUGAAUAUUAAAGUGAAUCCCCGGUUAAGGCAUUGCUAAGGUGCUAAUCUAGACCAGAACAGAGUACACUAUCACCUGCCAAGGAGAGCCACUAAACAUUAUAAAAUACAUACUA